ACAAAGAAAUGGAAAACAAGACAAUGUCAACAAGCUUUCAAAGUGAAGUUAAGGAUUUCAAUGAAGAAAUGAAGCUAACACAAAACACAGCCUAUGAACCAGUAGUAAAGACUGAUACUAGUACUGAAGAAGCAGUAUACUCAGAUCUUCAUGACUACUCAGAUUAUCAGCUACCAAAAGCUAAUGUUAAGAAUACCAAACCUCCUCAACAACCAGUGCAGUAUACUGUAGGAAAGAAGUCAUUUGCUGCAAUAAUAAUUCUACUGGUGAUCAUAAUAUUCCUAUUGGUAGCUAUACUUGUACUUAACUUAAUAUCAAAAGAUGCCGCAAGCAGCAACAAUGCUGGCCUCACUAAUAGUGGUAAUACUGCUAUUAACAGUAACCUGUCACUGAUACAGGAUACAAUGAAUAACAUAAUACAACAGAUUAUGGUACAUGCUAAUAAUACCAACAGGUCUACAGAUGAACUACUUCAAUUACUGAACACUAGUCUUAUUAAAGAUAUCAGUAUACCAACUGCUGCUGCUGUUAAUGAUGUACUACUAAUAGUCAAUGAAUUACUAGAGAUACAGAAUGGAUCCUCUACUCAAACUGUUUCUUGUAAAGAUAUUAAAACAGCUCAUCUUAACAGUUCUUCUGGUUACUAUUAUGUUAACAGUCGCAAAAUAUACUGCAAUAUGGGAGAGCUGUGUGGACAAGAUGGAGGAUGGACAAGAAUAGCUUAUCUUGAUAUGAAUGACAUGUCACAGAACUGUCCUUCUGGGCUUCAGCAAUUGAUGACUGGAGGGAUUAGACUUUGUAGGAGAGAGAAUAGUUAUGGUGGUUGUAGGUCUAAUGUAUUCCAAACAAAUGGUAUCAGUUAUAGUCAAAUAUGUGGUAAAGUGGUUGGAUAUCAAAAGGGAAGGCCUAAUGGAGUUGUAAGCAUUAACAAAGAUAUCAAUGAUGCUUAUAUUGAUGGAGUUAGUAUCACACGUGGGUCACCUCGUCAACAUGUCUGGUCUUAUAUAGCUGGGCUAUCAAGUAAUAUCAGUAAUUGGAGUCCAAGUGAUUUCCCUGAAGAAAGUACAUUCCCUCCUUAUGCUAAGUCAAGGAGUUCUGUCAAUCGUGACAUGUUGGUAGUAAUGAAGAGCCCAAAGGUUGCUGACAUAUUUGAGGAUGUGUUCACUAAUGAUUGGAACGUUGGGACUCCGUGGGAACCAAAGCCAGGGAAAUGCUGA